UCUCGUCUUCUGUACACUCGUUAGCUGACAUUAGCCCUGACCAGAGUAAGGUAGAACACGGUGGUCAUCAGACGGAGGAAAUGCAUAAACCAGACCUGGAGAGAAGAGCCUGAGAAGGGAAACCACAUCGGUCAGGGUGCCAGUAACUUACUUUUGCUUUGGUGGCAGGUUUUUGUCUUCCGCUAGUAAAGGAGGGCACAGUCAAGGCCUUGCAUAUGCUUCGUAAUAAUUCUUGUCACCGCUGCUCUGGGGGAUUUCCUGCUUUGGAAUAGCACCGCCAGCCUCCUCUAUCUGAUAUCAUGGACCCAUGGCUUUCUAACAGCUGAGGAUGCUCUGCUUUUCAGAUAAUACCAUCCAGUCGAUUUUCUGUUGCUGCUGUUGCUGCUCCGUGCAGAAGCGGCAAGUGAGAACACAAAUAAGCCUGAGCAAAGAUGAAGAACUUGCAGAAAAAUACACCCAGCAUCGCAGGCGGUGGUUCAGUGAAUUGCAAAGUAAGAAGCAAUCCAACAGGAGCCGUGUGCAACCAUCAAAACGCAAGCCGCUGCCUCCCCUCCCGUCCCCUGCGGUGGCUGACCAGAAGAUCCGAGUCAUGGCACUAUAUGACUUUCUGCCCAGGGAGUCCUGUGAUCUAGCAUUAAAGAGAGCAGAGGAAUACUUGAUACUGGAGAAGUAUAAUGCUCACUGGUGGAAGGCAAGGGACCGUUGGGGGAAUGAAGGCUUAAUUCCAAGCAACUACGUGGCUGAAAACAAACGAACUAAUUUAGAAAUAUAUGAGUGGUACCACAGAAACAUCACCAGAAAUCAGGCAGAGCGUCUUUUGAGACACGAGUCUAAAGAAGGCGCCUUUAUUGUCCGAGAUUCAAGACAUCUGGGAUCCUACACAAUCUCUGUGUUUACAAGAGAUAGGAGAAGCAUGGAGGCUACCAUCAAACAUUAUCAGAUUAAGAAGAAUGACUCAGGAGAGUGGUACGUGGCUGAGAGGCACUUCUUUCAGUCAAUCCCCGAGUUGGUCUGGUAUCACCAGCACAACGCAGCAGGUCUCAUGACCCGUCUCCGCUACCCCGUUGGGCUGAUGGGCAGCUGUUUGCCAGCCACAGCUGGUUUUAGCUAUGAGAAGUGGGAGAUAGACCCGUCUGAGUUGGCUUUUGUAAAGAAGAUUGGAAGUGGUCAGUUUGGUGUGGUCCAUUUAGGCGAAUGGCGAGCACAUCUCCAGGUGGCCAUCAAGGCCAUUAACGAAGGCUCCAUGUCUGAGGAGGAUUUCAUUGAAGAGGCUAAAGUGAUGACGAAACUGUCCCAUUCCAGGCUGGUCCAGCUCUACGGGGUGUGCAUUCAGCAGAAGCCGCUCUACAUCGUGACGGAGUUCAUGGAGAACGGCUGCCUGCUGGCCUACCUCCGGGACAGGAAGGGGACGCUCAGGAAGGACGUGCUGCUCAGCAUGUGCCAGGACAUAUGUGAAGGGAUGGAGUACCUGGAGAGAAACUGCUUCAUUCACAGGGAUUUAGCGGCAAGGAAUUGUUUGGUCAGUUCUACAAGCAUAGUAAAAAUCUCGGACUUUGGAAUGACGAGGUACGUCUUGGAUGAUGAGUACAUCAGUUCUUCCGGAGCCAAGUUCCCAGUCAAGUGGUCCCCUCCUGAAGUUUUCCAUUUCAAUAAAUACAGCAGCAAAUCUGACGUCUGGUCUUUUGGAGUUUUGAUGUGGGAAGUUUUUACAGAAGGGAAAAUGCCUUUUGAAAAUAAGUCAAAUUUGCAAGUUGUGGAAGCCAUUUCUAAAGGUUUCAGGCUGUACCGCCCUUACCUGGCACCGAUAUCCAUCUAUGAAGUCAUGUACCGCUGCUGGCACGAGAAACCGAAAUGCCGCCCUACGUUCGCUGAGCUGCUGCGGGUUCUCACAGAGAUUGCAGAAACUUGGUGACUUGAGUGGAACGCCAACCCAGAGGAUCACGUCGCACGAUUGUCCCAAAUGAAAACCCUGUGUGGGUCACUGAUGCCGAGUAUCUUCCUUCAGAGUUGCGGGCUCUUGGAUGCAUUCCCAACAUCAGAGGCUUUUCAAACUUGUCCUACAAUUGAAGAACAUUCUGACAAUAUUUUUCCUACAUGUCUGAGAAGGACUUCUUAGCUCUUAUUUUUCUGUAACAUUCUUCAUGUCCCAUAUGGGAAGAUGGGAGAAAUGCUCAAUAGUAUUUAGAAGAAUGGCCCUGAGAACCCCCGAGGGCUGAGGAAAUUGACUUCUGGAAGAGGAGUGACAUUCUGUACUCAGGCGUCCACGCGCGAAUACACUGCCGGCUCGUGACUGGAGGAGCCUCACCUGCAGGACUCACACUGCCGAGCUGCACAGCUCCCAUGGGAAAGGCCCUGCACAAGCCACAGAGGUGUGAGCAUUGUGUAGUCCUCCCUGUGUUAUUUAACAAGUAUUUUUGCACAUAUCUGAUACUUUUGGAGACAGUUUCUUGUAUUCCAGUUUUAAACACUGUUGCAGAAGAUAACCCAAGUCCUACUCUGAACAGGUCCUGGGGACAUUUCCAUUUCUAGUAAUGCCCAUUGGCAGGGGCAGUUCAGAGCCUGAAUUUCAAUUCUAAGAUUUCACGCUCUGUCCAUGUGAAAUUGCACAAGUUAAGAAGAUGACUUAUUUUGUCAGAAAAAGUACCUCCUGCACCUUUCCAGAAGAUGACUUGGUCUUUCUGCAAGAACAAGAGGGAGCAAAAACAAGAUAACCAAAUGUGACUUUAGCUCCUGUUCGGAAGGCCAGGGUUUUGAAUGCAAGAUGAAGUAACCAGUCAUCAUAAUACACCUUAAUUUCCCAUUCACCGCUCGUAGGAACGAUUGGACAUUGAUCGUUUCUAUUCUGAGUGCUCCAGAAGGACCCUGGGAAGAAGGGUGUGAUACAAAGCACAAAGACCUCACCCUGAGGUCUAACAGCAGGAGUCUAUUUUUCUUAUAUUAUCCUGUCCUACAUUAUGGUUCGAAGGGAAUUUGUUUUAUAAUUCUCUUUAGAUUCUAAGUUGCUGACUGUCACUGGUUGUGAUUUUUACAUCAUAUUUGCCCCUCUAAGAAUGAUACCUUUGAGUAUCAGUAGCACUUAAUAAAUGUGCAUUGAAAUGAGCAUCAGGGCACAAGAAGAGCCUUGACAAUUCAAGCGGUGACCUCAGAAAGGUUUGUCUGAGAUACUGUGCUGUUUCUGAGAUUAUCACACCCUGUUUUCUAUGGCCCCUGCCAUGGAAGGGAAGACAGAGGGCUCCUGCUACUGAGACCACAGUUCCAGUAAAAUAAAGUGAAAGUCUAGCUCAAGAGGGCAUGAGACUAUUAAGCAGCAAAAGCCAAGAAGGGAAGGUUAAUGUUAUAACCAGAAAUAAAGUAGUACCAAUCUAUACAGUAGGGUGUCUUUCUCAGGGUUUACUAGGCUUAGUAGUCUCCACUCUCACCCUCAAAGGAAGAAACAACAACAAACAACAAACCCAGACACUGAGAUGCUGGGACUCACUAUAGAGCACCUGUCAUCACUAUGGACACAGGGAGACUGAGCACAGAGCAGAGUGGCAUGAGAGAUAAGUUAUUCCUGGAGGUCACAUGGCAACAGCUGGGACUCCUAAGAGCAUGUGGUGGUGGUGGGCACGUUCUAUUCCCUCUGUUUUAACACUUCAGGGACGUUUGAGACACCAGAUUCGGAACAGGAAUCACGUGGGUGACUCAGGCUCAGGGACUGUGUGGAUUUGGAACGUCGAUGGACAGAGUCAGCAUUCCCUGUCUGGCAAAAGGAAAAUUUUCCUUAAAAAGUAGUCACACAACUCCUUCUGGAACGGAAUUAUAUUUUGCAAUCAAUCUUUGUGUUAGUUAUUGAUAUGCACUCUGUGUGGGUAGCCUAACUAGUCGAGGGUGAUAUAGUACAGCAGUUAAACAGUUCUGCAUAAGAAGUGGACAGGAGGGCCCUGGCUGGUUUGGCUCAGCUGUUAGAGCAUCGGC